GUGGGAAGCAUACAGAGGAUUGGGCACUCAGACAUGUCCGAUACGUGACUAUGUGGGAAAGGAGAGCUGAGCUAGCUGUGGUUGGGACACCCACAUAUGUGCCAUCUGUUUCAGGAGACUACAUGGGAUGGUACUACAGCAUCACUCGGUUAUUUGUGUCUCCUUCGUUCAGACUCCCUACUCAUCAUUAUCAGCCUAGCUCCUUGGCUUUGCAUCUUACGGCUCUGACAGGCAUUGCCUCGUUGUGCUCAGAUGUGUUGGGCCGAGUAGACUACGGACAUCUUAUACACAUGCCCCCAUCUCAGGAGAUGGCAUCCACGUCUAGUGCAGCCGCGGCUUCAUCAUCCCAGACGCAACAUGAGAGAGUGGUUCUUCAACCACGACAACGCCGUAGGCGUAGACAUGAGCAGCAACAUCUCCAUGACGAAGCUGAUGAUGAGAACUUGUAGUUUGUCUUUUGUAUUGUAGUUUUUCUUAUGCAGUAGAUGUUGUACGAACAAUGUACAAGUUUUGAUGUAUUUUGUCUUGUUAAGUAUUGUAUGGUGUAUUGAUGUGUUCGAGUAUGAAUAUUAGAUGAUUACUUGUUAUGGCAUAUAUGAUGAUUGUAUUGUGUUAUUCCGGUUAUGAUUUGAAGGUUUUUUACGGGUGUU